AUGAAUGCAAUGAUUCCUGGCAUUAGAUCCCGUCUUGACUUCACGAUUCGUUGCCGGGACGGCAACAUCUUAGUAGCUAAGGAGGGGAUAUUCUUGGCUUCAGAAUACUUUCGCAACUACUUAGAAUCGGCAGAUCAUACCGAUGCAAAUUUUGGUGAUGCAAACAGACAGGCAGUCCUGAUUAACUCUAACGAAUGUGUAGAAGCUCUUCAGGCAAUCACAUUUGCUUUAACUGGCACCAUGGCACCUCCUGAAUACUUGUCCCCGUCGAUAGUAAACGACGUGAUCGACACUGCUAGAAGCCUUACAUCGAAUCGAACUAUGAAUUCACCAUCUGUUCGAGAGUACUUUUGUCCACGUACCUCGGCAGAUUACGUGCCUAUGCAAAGCAUUAGUGAACUGUCCUGUACUACGAGUGAAAAGGAUUAG